UUUACUCCAUUUUCUUGUCAUUUUCGUUCUUUCUAAACACUAUUUCAUCAUUCUAUUCUCAUAUUCCUACUUUAUUAAUUUGCAUGCCAUACAGAUUUUUAUUUAUAGAGAGAUGGAAAUUCAAAACAGAAUAAUCAUUGAAAUGGGAAGGAAUAUUCCGAUGAGGUUCGAGAGGUUAGCGGCGGCGUUAGAGAGUGACGAGGUGGCGCGUGUGAGGUUAUGCGAAAGCAGCGGGAGCGAGCACUCGGCGGCUGAAGACUCAACUGAUUUGUCAGAUCUUGUUAAAUCGUUCAUGGAGAAGAAUUCUGUGAAGGAAGAUUUGGCUGUUCAUGAUAGCGAUGAUGGUAAAUUUGAGUGGUAUGAUUAUUCGGAGAAAAGGGAAAUACUACAAGAGAUUUUUGGUGAUGUUGAUAAUGAUUAUGUGAAAGAAAAGAUUAGAAGAGAGGUUGAAGUUGCAAUUGAGUUUGUUGCUGGAGAUAAAUCUUCGCCGGGAUUCAAACGCCAUGUCAUGUCACGUUUGCGGGAGAGAGGUUUUGAUGCUGGUGUUUGCAAAACAAGGUGGGAAAGAAAUAGAAAAUUUCCAUCCGGUGACUAUGAAUACAUUGAUGUGAACUAUGGUGGAAAUCGAUACAUCAUUGAAGUAUCUCUUAUGGCUGAAUUUGAAAUAGCUCGUCCUACCGAUCAAUAUGCUUCUUUACUUGAUGUAUUCCCAUUUGUAUUUGUUGGUAAAGUGGAAGAGCUGAAAAAGGUAGUGAGAUUGAUGUGCACUGCUAUUAAGGGCUCAAUGAAGACUAUGAAAAUGCAUACACCUCCAUGGAGAAGAAAUAGGUACAUGCAAGCUAAGUGGUUUAACCCUUACAAGAGAACAACUAAUGAGGUUGCAGCAAGAAAAUCUAAUGGAUUUGAAGCAUACAAAGCAUACAAUAGCAGGGGUAAUUAUGGGAGUAAAAUUGCUUUCAAAGUUGGCAAUUUGACUGCAGCGAUGACAUUGGAAUGAAUUUAUAAUCAUAUCGAAGAAGAGUGUACAAAAAAUGAAAUUUUUUUCCCCUUAGCACAGGGCACAGAAGUGCUUCAGCACAUUUUUCCCGGUGAGCUGUGUAAUUGGGUAAUUUUGCAUUGAGUUUUUCUACAAGAAAAAAUUUGGCUCAUUUUUGUUUUUUUUUGGAAAGUAAUAAGCAGUAAGCAUAUUUCCAUAUGCAUAAAUUAGUAAAGGACAAUUUUUGUUGUCAUUCACAUUUCCUUAGAUAGUGCUCUCUCGCCAGAGAGGACAACCCUCUCGUUAGAGAGGACAACCAAUUGAGCCUGGGGCAGGAGUAGGGCUGGACAUCGGCCGGUUUGGGUUGGAUUCGGUCCUAAUAUGUCAAACCGACUGAAACCAUGGAUGCAUUUACUAGGCCCGAUUCCGAAAUUUUAUUCGGUUUGUUUGGGUUCGGUUUAAUCAGUUUAUCGGUUAAAACAGACCGGUUUGUUCAGUUAAUUGAUUUUUAAUUGUCAUAAAAAAAUACAACUACAAUACCAAUAAGUCAUUCACACCAAAUUUUAAAAUAUUAUAACAUACAAUUAUCAUUCACUCCAGAAUAGUAUAACUUCAUUCAAUCAUUCUUGGUAAGCUAAUCACCAACUAACAAGAGACUUAAGUGACGGAACAUACUUCUCUCGGAUUUGUUGGACAAGUGACUCCAAACACAAGAGGGGUGAAUGGUUGGAGUUUGAAAAACGAAGUCCAAUUAAAAAUUCUUUGAUAAAUGAAAUCGUUCAAAAUAAUUUUGUAAAACAAACAAAGAAUGGGAAGCAAAUCAAUAAAGAAACAUAAAUCAAAGUAAAUAGAAAAAAUAUAAAAAAAUAAGGGUCGAGAGA